AUGACGUCUGCAGAGUUAAUCCUCCAGAAAGCUGCCGAGGACGGCUCCCUCGAUUCAGCAGAAUGGCCAAAGACACUGCAGUACAUCUUGGAUCGCCUUGAUGAGAUCAUCACCGACUUCCCCAAGCCACCCGCAGACGCACUCCCCAGGCCGACCACGUCCGCGACCACCGACUUGCCCUCGCGACCCAACACGUCCAAUGCCAUAUCCAGCCAAGACUCGCAUGCCACCGACAAAGAGAACGCACCGCCGGCCACGCCUCCGCGACCGCCUGUGCCCGCCUUCUCCGCCUCGACCGAGUCGCAAAGCGUACCAACAGACGUCACCACCUUCUACUCCUCAAUACGCUCCACCCUCUCCAAGAACUUCGCGAACCAUCCCCCGCAUACCGUCCAACGUCUAGCUGAACUCAUACUCGAGCCCAAGAAACGCUACCGAUACCUGCCACCCUACCUCCGCGCACUCGACCGUGUCGUCUCCGUCUCCUCGCCCCUCACCAUCUUCCCUCUGCCACAAGCCGUGCUGCCGACUUCCAGCGGACUGCUCAAUGGCACCACAUCUACCACUACGCAAACAGCGCAGCUAGGUUCAGACGAGGCACUAGGCGGAGCCCUACUCACUCCCAUCCCUUGGCUUCAGAACCGCGGCCAGAACGAGCUUAUUUCAGAAAGCACCGAAAUGGUCGACGGUCCCAAUGGUGCUGGACGCAUAGAAACAGUGACGGUGGGAAUGCUGAGUGGUCAGCGCGCAGAAUCUCCCACCUCGAAUGUAGCCCAAAUUGCUUCGUCACAUCCCGAGGGUGAAACGCUGCCGUCUACAGGGCCCGUCACUCAAGGCGAACUUCUGCGCCAAGAACAAGAGGCCGGCAUUGUUUUGAACAACCCCCACAGCAUGACCACUAGCCCGACAAGGACUACAUUCGGCGAGAUGGAAGGCGGAGGUACCAUCGUAGACACCGUCGAGGGCGAGGAAGAAGCGCCACAUGCCCGAGGUCCAGAGGUCAUUGGCAUGGAAGAUACCGGUCCGCAAAAGCAGGGAAAGCUCAACAUUGAAGGAGCUAUUGGCAGACCGAGCCUUGAUCACAAGAGCCCAGAGCCAAAAUUACCAGCUAGCACAGACGCCAAGGACCAAGAGAUGAAAGAUGGAGGAUCUGAGAAACCCAGUGACGCAAAAUCGGGAGAUGAAAAGUCCAAAGAAGAUGCGCCAGCGAAAGAGGAGACGAAAGAUGCAAAGGACGUGGAAAUGAAGUCGGAUGAUUAG